CUCGUGACUUUACAAACGAACAAAUGACAAUAAGAAAGAAAGCAUUUUUGAUAAUAGAAGAUGUUUUUGAGAGGCAUGGUGCCACAGCCCUGGAUACUCCAGUUUUUGAAUUGAGAGACACUCUCAUGGGCAAAUAUGGGGAAGACUCAAAAUUGAUUUAUGAUCUUGUUGACCAGGGAGGAGAGCUUUCCUCACUGCGAUAUGAUUUAACUGUUCCAUUUGCUAGGUAUGUUGCUAUGAAUGGCAUCACAUCCUUUAAAAGGUACCAUAUUUCGAGGCUAUCUAUGUGCUAACAGAACUUCUUGAUGAGCUAAAUAUUGGAGACUAUGAGGUAACUCUUUAUUUUGAGACUGUCUUCUUUGAUGUGCAUCAUUUUGUACAAAGUUUCUUUUUAAGUUGAAAAACUUAAUGGAUGAUAGUCCCAGUGCUCCUUGUGGAUAUUAGUUUUACAUUGAUAGGUCACUGAUAUCAUAUAUAGUUCAUGUUAGACCUAUAUAGUUGAUGUAAAGUUUUGAGUGGGAAAGACAUUAAAGCCUGAUUCAUCAUCGCAACAAAUUGAUAUUAUUUUAAUCUGGUAGUUGUAGAGAGAGUUGAAGCAAAGAUUUUUUCUCGGUGCUAUGUAUAUGGAAGCAAGAUUAUAUAUAAUUUUGAUACCCUUCACCUUUAUGUAGAGAUGGACUGCCACAUAAUUAUUGUCCUCACCUUGUAAGAGGUGCUAUGCCAAUAUAACAAGUUUUCUUCAUUUGAUUUAUAACUGUUGUUGAAGUGUUUUCUAGAUU